AUGAGCAAGGCUGAUGCCGAAGAAGAAGCUGAGAGAGCUGCCAAGGAGGCCGUUCCUACUAAGAAGGUUGUCUGUAGAACCUGUGGUGGUGAGCACUUCACCGCGAAAUGUCCUUACAAAGAUGCACUUGGAUCUGCCGACAGUGCUAAUGAAGGUAGCGAGCCUGCUACCAGCAGGUACGGUACACCUCAACCCGAGGCUGGUCCUACUACCGGUGUCUAUGUGGCACCUCACCAACGUGGCAAGCCACCUGGUACUGUGCUUACUGAUCCUGGUAGAACUCCUCUCAAUGGCGAGCGUGACGAUAGUGCUACUCUCCGUGUUACCAACUUGAGUGAAGAUAUUGUCGAAGACGAGCUGCGCCAUCUCUUUGGUAGAAUGGGCCGUAUUGUUAGAUGUCACUUGGUCCGUGACAGAGAAACUGGCCGUAACAGAGGUUUCGCCUUUGUUUCUUACGAAACCCGUGACGUCGCUGAAAGAGCUUGUGAGAAGCUUAAUGGCUAUGCCUUUGAUAACUUGAUUAUGCAUGUGGAAUUCUCAAAGAAAUAA